AUGUAUCGUACUUCCAGUACAACUAGAUUCUCCGACGAGUUCUUCCCUGCUGGGACCAAUUCAGCAGCAGCUGCAGCUAUGUCCUCUCCGGCAACCACCGCCGCCACCUCGGACUUGGACCAUUUGCCUACGUACAACCCUUUGUCUCACGUUGCCAAGAAAGAGAAACAUCGUUUCAGAUCUGCUGAAAACGCCAUUCAUCUCAUUCCCCUGCUGCUUGUGUUCUGUGCCAUCGUUUUGUGGUUUUUCUCCAGCCCAGUUGAUAUGGUGAAUGAAAGUGGUUCCCUUGUUGCCAGAGUUGGAGGGUCGUUGACUAAUGCGGGUGGUGAUACAAAUAGCAGUUGGGAGUCAGAUUCGGAAAAAGAAGAUGUAGAUGCAGUUAACCAAUCCACAGAUUUGGAUCAGAAAUCUAUUAGAUGA